AUGAGCCAAAAUCUCCGGUGCCGGACAAGCAAGUUAAGACCCGUCUCUCUUUGCUUUGACAAUUCAGCUCUUUCACCUGCUGUGAAGAUCAAUGCCAAAGGCCGAGAGAUCAUCUACCUGGCCAAGGGGGAGUCGGUGAAGUUGGGGUGUCCAUUUGAGCUGGAACCCCAAGAUGAUGGCCCCAAUGACUUGGAUAUUGAGUGGACACAGAUGAAUGCUGAUCCCACCAAUUUGGACAAUGUGAUCCUAAGCUAUCAAGGCCAGCAAGUGAUCCACCCUGGACACCCAUAUUUGCAUCCCAGGGGUGGGUCAGGAAACCAAGAUGCCGGCCGCUUUAGUAACCCAGGAUUUCAGCAGAGUGAAGGUGGUCAGCGGUUUGGGUCGGUUGACGAUUGCUGCCAUGGCUUACAACAGCGGGUCAACUUCGCCCUCCCGGAUCCAAGCAAGUACGACGCCUCCAUCAAUCUCCAAAAUGUUCAGAUCUCUGACUCGGCCACCUACGAGUGUAAAGUGAAGAAGACCUCCGUAGCCACCCGGAAAGUGACCGUCAGGGUGCUUGAGAAACCCUCGACGCCGCAUUGUUCCAUCUCGGGCAAGGUUUUCCUCGGCAACGAAAUCACCCUCCGUUGCGCCUCUCAAGCCGGCACUCCUCCCCUCAUGUACCGCUGGACCAAAAUGGCAGAUUACCCCCUCGAGAGUGAGCUGCCUGAAAAUACCAUGGCAGGGCGACAGGUGAGAGAAUAA